AGAAAGAGAGAGAAAGAACGAAGGAAAAAAGGGUGGGAGUUGGCUCCGCAAGCUCGCGGCUUGCAGAAAGAGCGACGGGGACGAUAAGAUGCGAGCGGAGCGAAAGCGCGCAAGGGAAGCCGGCCGACGAAGGCUUGCCGCCGCCGCCGCCACUCGGGAUUGCUGAGAGACAGAGACUGUACCUCCCACUACUAUCUCUCUCUCUCUUUCUCUCUGUCUCUCUCUGUCUGUCUGUCUGUCUGUCUCUCUCUCUCUCUCUCUCUCUUUCUCUCUCUCUCUAUCUCUCUCUCUCUUUCGUUCAUUCGCUCUCCACCGGCAGGCUCUUUCAGUGUUCGUUCGAACGCGGCCCCGUACGGUUUUGCCGGCUCGUGGCCGAAGAAUUCUUUUUCUCUCUCUCUCUUUCUUUCUCUUUCUCUCCCUUUCUCUAUCUGUCUCUCUUUCUCUCUUCGCCAUGGGAGCACACUGCCGCGGUGGUGAAAAAACCGAGGGUAGCCCUCGGUAGCCGAGCUUACCCCCGCUUAUACUCGCGCGCGCACUUACGCACGCACGCACAUUAAAUACACACACACGCGCACACAUACAUACAUAUAUACUCAUACGCACGCACCACACACACACACACACAUAACGCACGCAUCAAUACACGUAUAUACAGUCAUAUACAUCCACAAAAGACCGGCUAUCGGGACAUUCGUCCGGGGCUUCGCAGAGAGAACGCGCGCGGGCGUGCGCGAUCUUUUGCGAUCGGUCGCUUAUAGGGAGUGCGAGUGAAAGUGUCGUUUGCUGAUCAACGAGGAUGGACCAACCCUCAUUGUAACGAUCAAAGUCGUAUAUCCUUUUGAACGUGUAGAAAUGUAGAGUGAAGAUCGCCGGUAGCGUCUCGAAGAAAUUCUGUCCGACUGAAAUAAAAGAAAAAGGGUGGGAAGAAGAAAGAGAAAAGAAAAGUAAGGAAGGAAGGAAGAGAGGAAGGAGAAAGGAAAGGGAAAAGAAAGAAAGUAAAAAAGAAGCAAGAUGUCAGGAAACUAUACGGUACGCUGCGAACCGGGUUUGAUGAUACCGAUGUGGACACCCAUAGAAAACCUACAUCUGAUAGACGUGAUCUUUCGAGGAGUCGUUUAUUUCUUUCUGCUUUUGUAUCUGUUCAUCGGUGUAUCGAUCAUUAGCGAUCGGUUUAUGGCAGCGAUCGAGGUAAUCACGUCGAAGGAAAAGGAAUUGGUCGUACGCCGACAGGGUAGAGAGCCAACGAUAGUCAUCGUUCGAGUUUGGAACGAAACUGUGGCUAAUUUAACCUUGAUGGCUCUUGGUAGUAGCGCGCCCGAAAUACUUCUCUCGAUCAUUGAGAUCUGGGCGAAAAACUUUCAAGCGGGCGAAUUAGGUCCGGGUACGAUCGUCGGCUCGGCGGCAUACAAUCUCUUCGUGAUCAUCUCCCUCUGUGUGUUCGUAAUACCGAGCGGCGAGACGCGAAAGAUUAAGCAUCUACGGGUCUUCUUCGUGACGGCCACGUGGAGCAUAUUCGCUUACGUGUGGCUCUACGUGAUACUAGCGGUCUCGAGUCCGGGCGUUCUCGAAGUAUGGGAAGGGAUAUUGACGUUUACAUUUUUUCCUGCGACCGUAUUAACCGCUUACGUAGCCGAUCGACGUUUACUCAUCUACAAGUAUCUGCAUAAGGGCUACCGAAUGAACAAGAGAGGAGUAAUCGUUCAGGCGGAGGCAGGCGAUUCCGACGGCGGAGUCGAGCUCGAGAUAAAACCACAACAGGAUAGCUUUCAUACGGUCGAUCGGUUGGCCGACGCUGAUACGCCGGAAGCGCGGGAGUUCGAGCAAACACGUCGGGAUUAUAUUAAUACCUUGAGGGAACUUAGAAAGAAGCAUCCAACAUUGCCGUUGGAACAACUCGAAGUGAUGGCGCACGAGGAAGUACUCGGUAAGGGACCAAAGAGUAGAGCGUUCUACAGGGUCCAAGCUACUAGGAAAAUGGUCGGCGCUGGUAAUCUCAGUAGGAAGAUCAGCGAGAGAGCUCAAAGUGAUCUUAGCGAGGUCAAGGCCGAGUUACAGAAGGCCGAGGCCGAGAGUAUCGAUAUCGAAAACGUAAACGCGAUGAGAAUCUUCUUCGAGCCAGGACAUUACACGGUGAUGGAGAACGUCGGUACUUUUGAGAUCGGUGUCACCAGAGCUGGCGGAGAUCUGAACAAAUCUUGUACCGUCGAUUAUUCCACCGAAGAUGGCUCCGCCGAGGCUGGCUCUGAUUACGUUAGUGCCAAAGGCACCUUGACCUUCGAACCUGGUGAGACCAAGAAAACGAUACAACUCUCCGUUAUAGACGACGAGCUUUUCGAAGAGGACGAACAUUUUUACGUCAGAUUGAGUAACGUUUCGCAGCCGGCCAUGUUGGUGUCACCAAGCUUAGCGACGGUGAUGAUUUUGGACGACGAUCACAGCGGAAUAUUUGGCUUUCCCGAGAGGGACAUCGAGCUCGUAGAAAGCGUCGGACAAUAUCCUUUGCGGGUGGUGAGAUACAGUGGCGCCAGAGGACGCGUCAUCAUUCCUUAUCGUACGAUCGAAGGAACUGCGAAACCAGGAAAGCAGUAUGUUCACACCGAAGGAUCUCUCACUUUUGAGGAUAAUCAAACCGAAAAAACUGUCAGUAUGGAGAUCAUCGAGGAAGACUCUUACGAAAAGGACGCUCUCUUUUACGUUGAACUUGGAGAACCACAGUUACAAGGGGCAGCGAUACGUGAUUUUUUGAUUUUAGCCGAAGCAGGAAUCGCCGUAGCCGCGGAGUUGAAACAGCCCGAAGAAAGGACGGAGGAAGAAAAAAUGGCACUCCUGGGUAAACCAAAACUUGGUGAAGUGUCUAAAGCGCAAAUAAGGAUUAAAGAAUCAAAGGAGUUCAAGAAUACCGUGGAUAAACUCGUUCAAAGGGCGAACGCUUCGAUAUUGCUCGGGACGAGCUCCUGGAAGGAACAGUUUACGGAAGCAUUGACCGUCAGUGGCGGCGACGAAGAGGACGAUGCGGAAGGAGGAGGUGGAGGAGGAGGAGGAGGAGGAGGAGAGUCCUCGUCUCCAACACCAGCCGAUUAUCUCAUGCACUCUAUCACUAUCUUCUGGAAGGUCCUCUUUGCCUUCGUGCCACCUACCGAUAUCGCUGGCGGUUAUCUGUGCUUCGCUGUCAGCAUAUUUGGAAUCGGGGUGGUGACGGCAGUAAUCGGUGAUAUCGCAUCCUACUUCGGAUGUACUCUCGGUAUCAAGGAUUCCGUCACCGCGGUCGUCUUCGUUGCUCUUGGUACAAGCAUUCCUGACACGUUCGCGAGCAAGGUGGCUGCCUGCCAGGACAAGUACGCCGAUGCGAGCGUAGGAAACGUGACCGGAAGUAACGCGGUAAAUGUCUUCCUGGGAAUCGGUAUUGCGUGGAGCAUCGCAGCCAUUUACCAUGCCUGCCACGGUGACCAAUUCGUUGUGGAGCCCGGCAACUUGGCCUUCUCCGUAACGUUGUUCUGUACGGAAGCCUGCUUGGUGAUCCUGGUGUUGCUGUUAAGACGGACGAAGAGCAUCGGCGGCGAGCUCGGUGGGCCUUUUGUACCGAAACUCUUAACGUCCGCCUUUCUCUUUUCCCUAUGGCUCUUCUACCUCAUCAUGUCCACCCUUGAGGCCUAUGGCAUAAUCCAAGGCUUCUAAAUCGCCAUCGCUAUGUGCGAUGCCAAACGUUGGCCUACCGAAGCUACGUUUAUAUUCGAUCUUGCAUUCGUCCGCCAAGAUGUGCGCUCAAGAAAAUAUUCUAUUGGACAGGAGGAAGUGAAAUCAAACGAACGAACGAACGAACGAACGAACGAACGAACGAACGAACGAAUGAACGAACGAACGAACGAACGAACGAAAGAAAGAAAGAAAGAAAGAAAGAACGAAACACCCCUGGCGAGAGUGCGUCGAAAAGGAAGGAUGUUCACCCCCUCCUGAUCCCUGGAAUAAAAUGAACAACGAACGUGAUUGCGUGAAGUAUAAAUGCGUGCAUACGUGUGCGUACGUGUGCGUAGGAUACGUGAGAGAGCGUGAGUAUGAUUGUUUGCAAAUAGAUAAAGAAAGGAUAAUAAAGAAGAGAGAAAGAAAAACAACAAAAAGAAAAAAAGAAAAUAGAAGAUAGAAGAGGAAGAAGAGGAAAUAGAAGAAGAAAAAAGAAGAGGAGGAUAAUCGUGCGAGAGUGACACAGUAAGAAAUAAUUAGAAGAAACAGAAAAAGUGUAUGUCUGUGUGAGUAUCAAAGCGAGUUUGCCUUAAACUAAAAAUUAAAAGGAAUGAAAGAUUAGAUAAGGACGUAAUUCUAGUCAAGAUUCGACCUUUAUCCUGUUUAUCGGAAUGGUUGGACGAAUUUACGUGUAUCGAAGUUACAAAACAAAAAAAAAGAAAAAAAAAUAAAAAUAAGGAUAAUAAGAGAAGGAAAAGAAGGAGAAGGAGGAAGAAGAAGCAAAAAAGAACAGAUAAGAAGAUAAAAAUAUAUUAUAUAUAGGUACAUAGCGUACUUAUUUCAUUCUUUGAAAAAGACACAGGUUUCUAGAAUAUUUUAGUAGAGGAUCGUAUAUUGACAUUUUCUUUAUUGCCAGAGAAACGAUAUUCGCUAAUUUUAUAUAACGCGUACAUUAUCGAUACGUCACGAUUGACGUAAACGAUCGAAUUCAAUCAUCGACGUUCGACAAUGACAAUGUCACGUUUCGCGGCGAUUUAACAAGAAAAAAAAAAGAAAAAGAAAAAAAAAAGGGAAACAUUUUUUAUCGGAUCGAUUUUGAACAUUUUUUAGUUUGCAUCCAAGUUCGAUUAAAAUCAAAAAAAAAAAAAAAAGAAAAAAGGAAAAGAAAAAUGCUAGAUGGUCGAUAAAGGUUUUACGAAACUUUCUUCCAAUUGGUUUCUCCUUUUCUAUCCUUCCUUGUUUUCAACCAAACUUUUUUCCUCCGUUCUAUUUUAAACAAAUCCAUCAACGUUUCGCAAUAUAAAAUAACACGUUGAUCCAUUUCAAUUUCCUCGUAUAACGUUUUUCUCGGCGAUUUCGAAAGAUGAUUUCGUUUGAUUCCCUGCCUCUAUAUACAUAUACGCUCGUCGCGAUGAACGAAAGAAAAAUAAGCGUUAAACUGCGUAACACCGCGUUACACAAUACAAAAACAUGAUCUUAUCUUCGAAUAAGUUAGGAGGAAGUUAUGAAUUAUUUAACGGUUAUUUCGAGAACUAUGGUAACUUCGACGUAAACGCCAGAGAAAAUAUACCUUCUUCUUUAUUUACUUUUCAAGAUAAACGGUAGCAACAACAACAAAAAAAGCUUAACGACCGAUUACGCUUUAAUGUGAUUAAUAAGAUAUUACUUUAAAAUCAAUAGAACUGCAGGGAUUUAUUUUGUUUGUUUGUUAAAUAAUAAACAUCCGUUCGAUUUGAAAUAUGAAAUCAGCGUAUUUUGUCAGCGUACAAAGUCGAGAGGAAUUCUUUAAGAGUUGGUAUGAGAAUUAGCUCGUAAUAAACUUUAUUAAUGAUAAGACGUAUUUAUAAUAUAUUAUAACGAAAUGAAACAUAUUUGUUGUUGUUAUAAAGAUAAUUAGAUAGAAUUUAUAAUUAGACGAAAGAUAUCCUAAAGGGGCAACAAAAUGCGGCGGCCUUCGUUCGAAUGUCAAAGUUUUCGUUAAUGUUCACACUGCCUUUGAUCGAGGGUCGCGUUGAUCUAAUCCUAAAUAUCGUUUUGGAGAUAUAGGAAUGGACGAUCUUACGCAAUGCCGAUGAUUCAUUAAGAAGAAGUAAAAGUUAAAAGGACGAAUGAGGAUAAGGAAAAUAAUGAUUUCUUAUAUAAAAGAUAUAUUCGUUAGAGAAAACGCGUUCAAUGUCCGUGUAGUUUUUUGUCCUAUCGAUAUCAAAGGCUGCGCGUUAAUGCAAAUAAAAAUUGUAAUCGAUCUUGAUCGAUCAAUGAUCGUCCUUGUCGUUGUCGGUUCGAUGCCAAAUAGUUGCACGAAUGCUCGCGAUCGUCCUAACGUUUUCGAAACGUUAUUUCAAUUGUAUUUCUUUUUACCUAAUAAUAAUCAUUUUCUUAGAUUCCGAUCUCGAUCUACCUAUUAUAAAAUUCGUUCUACGCUUAUGCCGAUCGAAAUUUUGUCUGUCGUGAAGCAGGAUACAAAAACAAAAAAGAGAACAAGAAAACACAAGAAAGAAAAGAGAAACAAACGAAAAAAGACGAUUGCGAGUAAAAAGUACGAUUCAAAUGAUAAUCUAACGUUUCGAUAAAAAAAAUAAUCGAAAAGUAAAUCGGCAAUUCGAUCGGUUGCGAUCGAUCGUACCGACGCACAAAUAUAAAAUAUCUAAAAACCGAUCUGCAAGCCGACGUACUUAUUAAAAAGCAUAUAUUGUUUCACAAUCUUCGAAACUCUUUCCUUCGUUCUUUAGUAAUCAUGAUUAAUCGAUCACAAUUUUGGAAAAUUAAAAGAUAGUCGAAUCUUAUUAAUUAAUAAUAAAAUGAAAAAUAAGAACGAAGGACACGAGGGGAUUUAAUAAAAUUCUAUCAAAAUUGAGAAAAAAAGGAGAACAAAUAAAAAACGAUACAUAUAUCUUUUCCACGAUCGAUACACUUAUCUUUUCCAGUUUUUAUUCGACAAAUAUUCAAAGAUUCUCUCGAAAAUGUCAGUCCCAAAGUUCGCUCAAUUUCGAAUAGUAUCGAAAAAGGAUAAAAAGUGUCCCAGUUAUUCGUCGUCCUGUCAUCGAGAGAGAAAGAGAAAGAUACACGAAGAAAACGUCAGAAAGCGAAAAAGGAAAAAAGAAAAGGGGAAAUGAAAAAAAAAAAAAAAAAUACAAAAAUAAAAAUCGUUAAGCAAACAUUUCAAUCGUACUUGUUCGUCUGCCAGGCACAUUAAGGGAAAUACGUGUGCGUUUUUGCGAAAAAGUCUCACGUACUUACUUAAAUUCGCCGUCGCGUAGUUCGACAGCAGAAAAUAUAUAUGUAUGUAAAGAAAAUAGAUAUAUAUAUAUAUAUAUAUUACAUAUAAAUAUACCUAUAUAUACAUAUAUACGUUAUAUACAUACGAUGCAGAUAUUUUAAUAAAAAGCAAAGAGAUUCGAGAGAGUUUUAAUAUUAUUACAUGUAUUAGAGGAACAUAUACGAAGAUAUGCUCAAUAGCAAAGCACUAAAGUGAUAAACCGUAAACGAGAUCUCGAUGGUUUCCGAUUUCUCGUCGUUCGAUUGCUAUAUGAUCAAACGCUGUAGAGAUGAAAAGAAAAGAAAUAAGAAAGAAAUUAACGCGUGAAUGAGAAAAUCUCUUGCGUUGGAAAAAAAAAAAAAAAAAGAAAAAGGAAAAUAAAGAUCGGAAGUACACAUAGAUGGCUGCUUCAUACGUAUGAAUAAUCUAACGAUAAAAAAUAAAUUUAACGCGUUAACGCCUAAAACCCCGUUAUAAUUUCACUAGAAUCGUUCGACGAUAGAAAAAUCAAAUGAUAGUUAACAAUGAAAACGUUAAUCUCGCGAGACUUCGACCUUGAAUUUACAACUGGUUCGAUACUAACUUCUUUAACGUGGGAUACUUUUAUCGUAUCUCAUUAUCAGUUGAAGUAAUAAAUUAUUAAACGUAUCUUUCGGCGAGAGAGAUGACAUCAAUCGUCUUCUUUCUUUCCGUAGGAAUGAUAAUAACGCGAUAAAGAACAAAACAGAGAGAGAAACGAAAUAAGGAACAAAAGAAACAAAAGAUCAAAAAAGAACAGAAUGCAACGUGUUACCUCAGCGAUUGUUCGUUCACAGCAUCGGCGAAAAGAAUUCACGGAGACGAGCGAUCUCUUCUUUUUUUUGCAUUUAAUGUUCGAAAUUUUGAUCCAAAGGAUCGCGCCGAUAUAGAGAGCCUACAGCAAAUUAAAUCAUAAGCUACGUUCAUUGCGUUGCAUCUCCCGAAACGCACCGUCCAAAAUUUGAAAAAAAAAAACAAAAAAUAAAUAAAUAAUAUUCGACAAUCUUAUAAAUAUCACGUCCAAUCGCGCUACCGACGAAACAUACUAAUAUUUCUUAUUAUCGUCGAUAAACGAUUAUCUAAUAUUUCAAAUGAAUUACGCGUUCGACUGUAUACUUCUUUGAGUGACUCUCAACUAUGUAUAUAUAUGUACAUAUGUAUAUAUAGAUAUGUAUAUGUAUAUAUAUAUACAUAUAUGUAAAUCUUCUUCGACUACAUAAUUAAUUACUUUUAUCAUCAUCCGUGCCUUAAUAUCGUUCCCGCAUAAUAUCGUGCUUGUCGUCCUAAGAAUAAUUUGAUUGCAACACAUCGAUUCUCUAGAUUUCGUAAUGUCAAAUGAAAAUUAGAAUAUCUAAUCGUCUUUCGCGCGAUUGGCGUGUUUAAACAUAUUCAGAGAAGAACAACAAAAUUGUUCUCUUCUCGGCUAUUAAACGUAACGAGAAAGAAAGAGUUGAUAACGAAUCAGAAAAAGAAAUAGAAAAACAAAAAUGGAAAGAACAAGAAAUUCGGGCGUUUCGUGGAUCGAUUAGAUUUGUAGCUAGUUAGUCAGUUAGUUAAUUAAGAUGUUCAAAGGUAUAUGAGCGAAAUUUUCAAAAAAAAAAAAAAAAAAAAGAAAAAAAAAGAAAAAAAAAGAAAAAAACUACGAAAAUAUCCUUCUAUCGUAUACAUACCAUUAUAGCGAUGAGACGAGUAAAUAAUACGUUGUAAAAUAACUUUUAAGAGUAAAUGGGUAGAUCAACGAUCGAAAAAAAGAAAAAAAGGAAAAAAAAAGAAAAGAAAUACCGGAAAAUAAAACGGAACUUAAAAGUAUGAGUCAGCCAAUCUGUGUUAAGCAAGCGCAAUCUGUUUUAAGUAAAGAGCCAAAAUUUGAUCUUCGACUAAAUUACAUAUAAAGGUGUGUGUGCAUAUAUAUAUAUACACACACACAUAUAUAUACAUACAUACAUACACACACACACACCUAUAUAUAAAAGUUGAAGAAACUCGAUGUCCACAUCGAGUGAAAACUUUGCGAGUAAAGAGUAUAGGUAUCGCAUUAAAAAAAUUAUUCUACGGUGAUAUCGUCAACAACCAACAACAAUAACAACAAAAAGAAAAAUAUGUAUAUCUACGAGUCAAUCGAUGUCACUAAACCGAUCUCCCUAUCGUAGUUUGACAUUUUGUUAACUCGUUGAAAAGGGAACGCACGACGUUUAGAUGGCCAGCCCUAAUUUUUUCUCUACCUUGUGUACAAGUUAUUGAUAACUCGAUAAAGAAUAUAAAACAAUGAAUAGCAUCGAUCGAAUUUUAGAUUCGCGAUGUAUUUAUGUAAAUGCAAUUAUCCGAUAUAUCGUGAUAAUAAUUACGAAUUAAUUAAACGGCAAAAUCAAUUUUAACAUAUGUACAUACAUAGUUAGAUGCAGGAAUUUAGUUACAUUUAGAUGACCUUGAUAAUUUAUACUCGGAGUAUAAUUCUAUAUGCUCUUGUCUCUUUUCAUACUUUCUUCUUCUCUCUCGUUCUUACUCGUUUCCCUUUUCUGCCUUUAUUAUAUAAGUACAUACAUAUAUAUCAUAUAUAUAUAUGUGUGUACCUACAUCCUACUUCUUCUCUAUCUUCUCCUUAUUCCACGAAAUAUAUCUGAAAUUUUAGCUCGUCUAUUUAUUAGAAUUCGAGAUACUUAAAAUUCUUCAAGUAGAUUCAACGUUAGAAGACAAUUUUAUCGGGAAGGCUAAGGCGCUUAUUCAUAUUUUUAUCUCAUAAAGGAGUAAUAUAUACGAAACGAACUCCUUCGAUCGGAUUCAAUUUGAAAAAAAAAAAAAUAAGUAAAUAAAUAAAAAUUAGCGAAUUGGAUGCAAAAUGAAAAUAUAUUAAGUUUAACAAAUAUUUCUACUUGACUGUUUAGCCAAAAAAUAAUUCCUUAGAAACAAUCCGUUUUUACAUUCCAAGUUUAUUAAACAAUCUUAUAAUUAGAUUUCUUUCUAGUCAUUUAAAUGGUAUACAUACAUACAUAUGUAUAUGUAUAUUACGUAUCGAGACACAUCGAUUACAAAAGACUUUUAAUGGAACCAAUUUAUUCUACUGAAUUAGAACAGAUUUCAAACUUACAUAAGACUUCUUCGUACAUUUUAAGACUUAAAAUGCCAAUCAUUCGUUUAAGCUGUUAUUACAUUUUGACCAAUACUCCUUACUUUCGAAAUUUCUGUCUACUUAAAAAUAAGAAAUAAAUAAAUAGAAAAGAAAAAAUAAACAAGAAGUAAAAAAGAAAAAAAAUGAUUAGAAUCAAGUAAAAUUUUCAUACAUAUUAUCAAGGAUAUUGACGAAUAUGCAAUCACGUUAUAUUAUUUUCUCAUUUUUUUAAUCAAUAAAAUAUAAUACUUUCGAUCGCGUAAAUUAUCUAUCUACAAUCAAAACAAAAAUAUACAAUUAUUUAUAAAUAUUUCUGCCGAUAGGCCUUUACUAUGACCAAACACAGAAAAUAAAACAGCGACACGCACAGUUUGAAGGAACAAAAUGAUUCUUAGAAAAUCAGCGAAAUUAUAGAAAGCGUAUAUUUCGUAUAGUUUUAGUUUCAAAUAAAAAUUAGAUAUUUUCUAUUCGGACCAAGAAAGAAAGAAAAAAAAAAUAACAAAUACGACGUAAUUAGCAGAACUUAUCAGACGAUGAUUGAUAUAAAAAUUAUUCGACAUAUCCCUGCUUUCUUAUCUACGAUCAAAAAUUCCGAAGGAGAAAGACAAAGAAAGAAAAAAAAAAAAGAACAAAAACAAAAAAAAAAAAGAUAAUUUUCAGUAAAGUUCAAAAUCAACUUCCUUCUUGCUUAUGAUUGGUUGUGAUACGCACAAAAAAAAAAUCCGUAAAAGAAGGAGAAUAAAAAACAGAUUACUGAAAAGACAAACAGAACAAAACCAAUAAAAAAAAGAAAGAAAGAAAAAAGAAAAGAAAAAAGAAAUAAUGCAAUCGAGAUGGAACUUUAUUCCGUGGAAAAGGAUUCGUUUUUAAAUCUGCCUUAAGGUAGAUACCUCUUACGAAAUCCUACUUAAUUUCUAAUCAUUCUAAAAAUUAGUAUCUUUUAAAAGGGCUGGCCACAUUUCCUAAUAUCGAUAAUGUCCGAUUUUUCACGAACUCUCAUAACUCUGUUUCUUUCUAUCUCUAUCUCUCUUUACUCCUAUCUCUUAUCUACAUCCUUUUGUUUUUCUUUUUCUAUCUUCUUUCAAUUCUUUGACUAUCAUGCCUUUUCUUUUACUUAGAUAUUACUAACACACAUACAUAUAUACACACGUGUACACGCAAUACGGUAUACGACUAAACGAAUGUUCAUAAUCGUAUAUCUUUUGCUUUUUUGCCAGAGUAAGAUUAGAAUUGAAAAUUCUAAUGGGAGAGUUUCAUUUGAGCAAUACACAUUUUCUAUCAUUAUAAAAAAUGAUAGAAAUGUGGCAAAAAUAAUUGCAAAGAGUUACAUCUAAAAUUGUAAUUUUAAGAUUACAGUAUAUACAUACACAUACAUACACACACACACACACACACACACACACACACACACACAAAAUGUAAAUGUAUUAUAUACAUGAUAAACCGAUAUGUAGUUGUACAUACACAUUGAUCUGAUAACACAACAGCACUUUAUCUUCUAUGCGUGUUCGUUAAUAGCAUAUUUAUGCAUAUAUACAUAUAUACAUAUAUAUACGUACGUAUAUAUGUAUGUAUGUAUAUAUGUUGGUCUAUAUAAUAUAUACAUAACAUUGACAAAUGUUGUAUAUACCUUAUAUGACUAUGCAUGUAACAUUUAUCGAUGCUAGAAAUAAAAGAGCGCGUAGAUAUUUUAGAAAUGUCUUGAAUUUUUUAAAAACAUUGUAAGUACUCAAAGAGAAAAACUAAUAUAAACUGUAACUAUCUAAAAGAGAGGCAAAAAAUAUAUUCAAAUAAAACUUAAUCUCUUCAAAGAGAAAAUAUAGUAAGGAAAGAAAGUAAAAAAGAUACACGACACGGUGUAUUUAUUAGAAACGUUUGGAUGUUAUAUAAACGAUAGUUAAAUACAUGUAAGAUAGUAAAAAUUCAAAAUAUAAAAAACAAAAAAAGAAAGAGAGAGAGAGAGAGAGAGAGAGAGAAA